AAAAUGGCAAAAGUGACAAUUAUUAAGGGAAGGAGGGAGUAUUAUUUAAAAAGGAAAAACGUGAAUAAUCCAAGAACUCUAACAUUAUUAUACAAGAGCACGUAAUCACGUUGGUCAAAGUCAACUGCUUAUACCCCUUUCGUUACAACUUCCUCUCUCCUUCACUUUUCACAUUACAAAAAAAACAAAAAACAAAAAACAAAAAACAAAAAACAAACUUCCAUUCAUCCUCUACACCACCUAAAACAACCUUCUUCUCCAUCUUCACUCUGUAAACUUCACUCCAUGCCCAUCUCCCAAAAUGACCAAAAUACCCCCACCACCCUCCCACAUACUCUUCACCUUCCUUCUCCUCACCCUACCCUUCCAUGUAAAAACACAAAACAAUACUACCCUUAAUCAAGAACAAGCCAUUCUUCUCACACUCAAGCAGCAAUGGUCCAACCCCGCCUCCCUCAGCCACUGGACCCCAUCUUCCGACCACUGCACCUGGCCGGAGAUCACCUGCACCGCCACUUCCUCCGUCACAAAACUCGAACUCAUCAACAAAACUAUCGCAGAAAUCCCACCGUCCAUCUGCCGCCUCGAAAACCUCACACACAUUGAUCUCCAGUGGAACGAAAUCACCGGAAUAUUCCCCACCGCCCUCUACAACUGCACCAAUCUCGAGUACCUGGACCUCUCUUACAACUACUUCACCGGAAAAUUACCGGACGACAUAAACCUUCUCUCUCCACAUCUCCGAUUCUUGAAUUUGGGAGUCAACAACUUCACAGGCGACAUCCCGAAAUCGAUUGGGAGCUUAUCGAGCCUGGUAACUCUUCAGCUGUACACAAACUUGUUCAACGGAUCUUUCCCGCCGGAAAUCGGUGACCUGGCGAAUCUCGAAGAAUUAAAUUUCAACUACAUCCCUUUUGCGCCUCAAUCGAUUCCAUCGAGUUUCACUAGGCUGAAGAAACUGAGGAAUCUUUGGAUGACUGCAACGAAUUUAAUCGGAGAAUUACCAGACGGUAUCGAAAAUAUGUCGGCUCUCGAAUCUGUUGACUUGUCGGAAAACAACCUGAGUGGCACUAUUCCAGAUGGCUUCUUUCUACUCAAGAACUUGACUAUAUUGUUUCUAUACAAAAACAGGUUUUCGGGUUCGAUUCCUAAAAGAGUGGAAGCGUUGAAUUUGCAGAUUCUUGAUCUUUCGGAUAAUACUUUGAACGGGACAAUCCCGGAUGAUUUCGGAAAGUUGACAAAUCUCACAGGGUUGGCUUUGUAUUUCAAUCAGCUGAGUGGCAAAGUACCGAUAAGUUUAGGUCGAUUGCCAAAGCUCGUAAACAUCGGAAUUUUCAACAACAACCUGUCGGGCGAAUUGCCGCCUGAUUUUGGGCGGUACUCGAUGCUGGAGAGAUUCCAAGUUUCCUCAAACCAAUUUACCGGUGAAGUACCAAAAUAUCUCUGCGCAAAUAAAGUCUUCACAGGUUUGAUUGUGUUUCAAAACAAGCUGACAGGAGAAUUGCCCAAUUCUUUAGGCGAUUGUAGCAGCUUGGAAGUUGUACGAGCCUAUGAUAAUAAGUUUUCGGGCAAAAUCCCAGAUGGAUUAUGGACGUCUACAAAUUUAACCACAUUGAUGCUGAGCAACAAUUCAUUUUCCGGUGAGCUUCCGAAUGAACUAGGAUCUCGAUUAUCCUUGCUCGAGCUGACAAACAACCAGUUUUCCGGCCCUAUUCCGACAGGAGUAUCUUCUUGGAAUGGACUCACGGUUUUUCGGGCGAGCAACAACUUACUCAGCGGUGUAAUCCCUCAAGAACUUACUGCUCCUCCAUUGCUAACCACUGUCUUGUUGGAUGGCAAUCGAUUUUCCGGCCACCUCCCAUCGGCGAUAGUGUCAUGGAAGCUCCUGACGACUUUGAAUCUCAGUCGGAAUCAACUUUCCGGCGAAAUUCCCGCCUCGUUCGGUCUGUUGCCGGACCUAUUAUAUUUGGACUUAUCGGAAAAUGGAUUUUUCGGCCAAAUUCCACUGGAACUCGGCAAUUUGAGGCUGUCUUCACUGAACCUCUCCUCUAAUAGGCUCACUGGGAGAAUCCCGAGUGAGUUCGAAAACGGAGCCUUUAACAGAAGCUUCUUGAACAACCUCGGACUCUGUUCCAAUAUCCCGUCAGUCGGACUCAGCAAUUGUCGGAUUAAAACUACAAAAUCGAACAAGCUUUCAUCUCAAUUCAUCGCUGUGGUCUCGAGUAUAGCAGCAGUGGCUUUCCUAGCAGCCUUUCUAUACACAAUCUACGUGUGCAGAAGUUACAGAAACAAAAAGAAAGUUUCCGAUUCGACAUGGAAGCUCACUUCAUUCCAGAGGCUGAAUUUCACAGAAGCAAACAUUCUGUCAAGAUUGACCGACGACAACUUAAUCGGAAGCGGAGGAUCAGGCAGAGUUUACCGUGUUCCCAUAAACCGAUCCGGCGAAUACGCAGCUGUCAAGAAGAUAUGGGACAAUGUGAAGUUCGAUCAGAAGCUCGAGAAAGAAUUCAUAUCGGAAGUUUCUAUACUCGGCACAAUUCGACAUUCCAAUAUAGUGAAACUCCUCUGCUGCAUUUCGGGUGAGAAUACAAAGCUUCUUGUUUACGAGUAUAUGGAAAACCACAGCCUCGAUAGAUGGCUCCACGGGAAAAAGAGACAGCUCAGCAUCUCAUCGGGUUCUGUCCGCCAUAUGGUAUUGGACUGGCCCAAGAGAUUGCACAUUGCAAUCGGAGCAGCUCAUGGGCUAUGCUAUAUGCACCACCACUGCUCGCCUUCGAUUAUCCAUCGAGACGUAAAAUCGAGCAACAUACUUUUGGAUUCAGAUUUCAACGCAAAGAUUGCAGAUUUCGGCCUCGCGAGAAUAUUGAUCAAGAAAGGAGAGCCUAAUACAAUAUCGGUUGUGGCUGGCUCUUUCGGAUACAUGGCUCCUGAGUAUGCUCAAACGAGAAGAGUGAGCGAGAAGAUCGACGUGUACAGUUUCGGAGUGGUUCUCCUCGAGCUGAUAACUGGAAGGGAGGCUCAUAGUGGAGACGAGAAUUCAUCACUUGCUGACUGGGCGUGGCGGCACGUCCAGCAAGGCAAGCCGAUAAUCGAUGCGUUGGACGAGGAUAUAAAGGAGCCUACUUAUUUCGAAGAUAUAAACACCGUUUUGAAGCUGGGAUUCAUCUGUACCAGCAAAUUCCCUUCGAGCAGGCCUGCAAUGACAGAUGUUUUGCAGAUCUUGCUUAGGUGUAGUCAAAGGCUGCCGUUAGCAGAUAAGACGAACAGAAACGAAUACGAUGCUGCUCCUCUCCUAUUGAACAGCAAUUCCAAGAGAUCGUUCGAAUCCGAUGACGGCAGUUUAUCUCCCGUGUGACGAUGAGUUAGCUUUUAUACUAGAUAGGUCUCGAGAUUCUUGAAUAUAGCAGGAUAUGUUCUCGGUCGAAUUAGCUUCCCGUAUGAAGUUCCAAUGCACAGAGUUUAUACGAUAUGCAUAUUACAUGUAUAUAGAAGUAAUAAAAGAUGUUUCCGUUCAGACUUCAUAUGUAAUAAUAUUUCAGGAUGUUAGUCAAUCAAACACAGAAAUGGUUGUCACACUAAAACAAGAUUGAAAAUUUGAA